UGUGUCAUGUUUGAGAAUCAACCAAUAAAAAUGUUAAUCUGAAAAAAAGAAUCUAUAUCAAUCUAACCUGACCCUUAAUUGCUUUUGUUACAUUUUAAAAUUAUAUAUUUUUUGACUAAAAUAGAUCAUGUAUUGCAAUCUUUAUCAUGCUGGUCUCUUAGAAUCACGUUACUUUAACUGUAUUUUAGCAAAACUAUUUCUACAUAGCUCAUUGUACCUAUCGCGGCAGUUUCCUGGUGAAAUGAACAAUAGAGGCGCUACAACAACAAUGACUUUUAAUCACAAGUAAAAUGGCAGAUUAUCAGUUCAUAAACACGUACUUUUCGCCCUGUUCCUCACACAAUGCUGCAACAAUUAUAUAAAUAUAUAGUCUGCAUGUGCUACGCGCUUCACAGUGAAUAAAGUGAUCUGCUCUUUGUCAUAAAUAUACACACAGAGCACACGUGAUGUUAAUAAUGCGGUUAGUGUAUAAGCUGUGGCAUCUCGCAUUCACUUAUUUGACAUUCACACAUUCAAAUAUUAUGAUUUUAAUCUGAUUAAUUGUGCAUUUAUACUUUAAUUUCAUCCCAAAUAUGUCAAAUUCUGUGAAAUUCUGCGUUUUAUAAUUAAUUCAAUUUUUAAGACUGGAUUCUGCGAUUCUGUCUGUGUUUUCCAUAACGCGGAAAUCAUAGGGCCCUAUAUGUCUAACUACAUUUACAAAUUUGUUCGAGCGUAAUCAGAUUGCGAGGUAAAUCAACUCAUAGAGCGUUGCACUUGUGAUGUAAAGGACUGGGGUACGGGUCCUGAAGAGCACAUGAGUCAACACAAAACUAAGCACAAAGUGUCAUAGAAGCAAUACAAAAAGAUGUGGUUGUGUUUUUCAUCUCACAUUUGCCUUUUAUGACACUAUCGGUUAGGUUUAGGUUGAAUGUUUAGGGUAGGGAGGUCAGUUUUGUUGAUUUAAAAUGCAAUAGAGCAUUAACUUUAAAAACCUCAUCUGUUUGGGAGAACAUUUAACUUGCUUUCAGCACCACACAGCGGACAUUUCACCUCAUAACUGUUGCGAUACGCAUAAUGAAACACGUAAUAUAAUUUUGCAAAAGUGUCGCCACAAUCACGUAAUUUUUAUGAGAUCAGGCUGUAAUUUUGUAUCACACUUCCUUUUGUCUGUAUCUAUUGGCAAACAUAAGUCUUGCUCUAUCAAAGCGUUCUUGCAUUCUCUCACCCUGUUUAAUCUUUAUCAUAGAGCGCUUUAUUCAUUAAGGCUGUGUGCUUUUCCAAUAAGCUGCUCUCUCUAAUGGCCUCUGUGUAUUAGGGUGAGUUCUGAAGGACAGAUAUUUAUCUUAUGAUAUUGAUCACUCUUAGCCGCUGUGUUUUCGGUAGAUGGUUGAUGAAUGGCAGGUACAGCAGGUGUACCUGUUUAUUUUAGGUGUACUAUUUCUUUAAGGAAGGGUGUGCAUGGCAAAGGUGGCAGUGUUGAGGUAAACAUUUCUCAUUUCGUAACACCUCACAUGGAAAAGCGGUGUCCGUUUUAGUGUCACUAUUUUUAAAGUGUGUGUCUGGGGACCUGGGGGAGGGGAUACACAGUGUGUGUGUGUGUGUGUUUGUGUGGUUGUAAAUAUGCUGCCUCAGCAUCCUAUCUUCUGGGAUCCACCCCCUUUCCCAUGGGCAAAUGUCAGUUGCCAGAAGACUCUCACCAAGGACAGAGCCAUGUCUGAGAAAGGAGCAAAGCAGAGUGGAAAGAUGGAAAGAGUGGAGGAGAAGACCUGCUGCGAUCACUGCAAACCAAAGACAUGUGCAAACAUGGCCGUUCCUCCUGCGUACGCUGACCUCGGCAAAGCCGCCAAAGAUAUCUUCAGCAAAGGCUAUGGAUUUGGAGCAGUUAAACUGGACCUGAAGACCAAGUCACAGAGUGGAGUUGAGUUCUCCACAGGCGGCUCCAGUAACACAGACACUGGGAAGGCAGCUGGAAACCUGGAGACGAAGUAUAAAGUGAAGGAGUUGGGCUUGAGUUUAAACCAGAAAUGGAACACCGACAACAUUCUGACUACUGAAGUGACUCUGGAAGACCAGCUGGCUAAAGGUCUGAAGUUGGGAUUGGAUACUUCUUUUGUGCCCAACACCGGGAAGAAGAGCGCUAAGCUAAAGACGGGUUAUAAGCGCGACUACAUGAAUGUGGGCUGUGAUAUAGACUUUGACCUGGCCGGACCGACGGUUCAUGCUGCAGCGGUUCUGGGUUAUGAGGGCUGGCUGGCCGGUUAUCAGAUGGCCUUUGACACGGCCAAGUCCAAACUCGCCCAAAACAACUUCGCUUUGGGCUACAAGGCGGGAGACUUCCAGCUACACACUAAUGUUAAUGAUGGUACAGAGUUCGGCGGCUCCAUCUAUCAGAAGGUAAAUAAUCAGUUGGAGACGGCGGUGAAUCUGGCGUGGACCGCUGGCAGUAAUAACACACGCUUCGGCAUCGCUGCCAAAUAUCAGCUGGAUAAAGAUUCAUCCUUCUCUGCCAAAGUGAAUAAUGCCAGUCUGGUUGGAGUUGGAUACACACAGAGCCUCAGGCCCGGUGUGAAGCUCACCCUCUCUGCUCUGAUCGAUGCAAAGAACUUCAACGCUGGUGGACACAAGGUUGGCAUGGGCUUUGAGCUGGAGGUGUAAACAUGGAAAGACUAAAGACGAGAGCCAGAGAUGAAAGAAGAGAAACCACAGUGAGCUGACAGCAUGACUGCAGCGCCUGCGAAAAUACACGUCCCAUUUCACCCAGAAUUAGUUAGCAAAUAGACCUUAAUCAAUUGGCCUUAAACCCCCUACACCUCAUCCAAUAUGAAAAAGGUUCACGAGUCACAUGACGCGUGAUGUUCCUGUCUACACCAUGACAUCUGAUCUGUGUGACAUCUGUCUCUGAUCUGAUGUGCAUCUUGUUAACAGAGUUUGUUAUGGGUAAUGAAUAAUGAUAAAUGAAAAGUGACACCUCUCUGAAUGUCAAAGCCCUCUCACUUACAUUUGUCCACUUUAAUCCUUUAUAACGCUCAUUGCCAAACGUAUAUUUUGUCAUUUAAUUUGUCUAUGUUUGUGGGCUAGAGUAAGUGAAGGACAGUGUAUAUUUUGUUUUGUUUUUUCCUAAAUUAUGUUAAAAGUUCAUGACUUAAAGAGGAAACUGAUGUUGUGUAACUCAAUAAAGAAGAUUGUUAACGGACUGAGUUUGUGUCUCAAGAGACACAAACGCUGUUCAAGUACUUAAA